UAUUUAUAUUUAAUCUUUCAGGUAAAAAAGUAAUUGAAACUGGGAAUUCUUCAAUGCCUCCUCUCAUGCUGAAUUAUCUGUUAAAUGGAUAUUGAAGAAAGAAACAGCAAGCAGUCAGUGGCAGGCAGAGAGGCACGGGCAUGACUAAAAUGGAUUGUAACAAAGACGAGGCCAUCAGAGCUAAAGAGCUUGCUGAGAAAAAACUUGCGGAGAUGGAUGCUGUUGGUGCCAAAAGAUUUGCUUUGAAGGCUCAAAACUUGUAUCCCGGGCUUGAUGGUCUUCCCCAAUUGCUUGCAACUCUUGAUGUGUACAUAUCUGCAGAUAAAAAGAUCAAUGGAGAAGUUGACUGGUAUAGGGUGCUUGCUGUUCAACCAUUUGCUGAUGGGGAUACAAUUCGAAAACAUUACAGGAAGCUGGCUCUUGUUCUUCAUCCCGACAAAAAUAAAUCUGUAGGUGCGGAUGGGGCUUUCAAAAUUUUAUCGCAAGCUUGGAAUUUGUUGUCUGAUAAAGCGAAGAGAAUCGCUUAUGACCAGAAACGGAACUUGAGGGGCAGUUAUACUAAUGUUCCGCAUGGGAAAUCAUCGUCAUCAGCAAUGACCAGUCCUAAUGGUUUCCAUAAGUUCUCCGAUGAGAACAUUUCAAACAUCAGUGGUUGGAACGGUGCUACUUAUUCCAAGCCUGCUCCUCGCACAGUGAGAAAUGACACCUUUUGGACAACUUGCAAUUCCUGUAAGAUGCAUUUCGAGUACUCUAGGGUUUACAUCAACGUAAAUCUUCCUUGUAUCAACUGCCGCACACACUUUUUUGCUGUUGAGACACCAGCCCCUGCUAUAAAUGCUAGUAAUAAGUAUACUCCAUUUUCCGACUUCAUACAGCAACAAAAGUUCCGCCAGGCUCAUAAUGCUGGAUACUCGAGAUUUUCUGGUAUAUCUACAAAAAUUUCUCAAAAAGGCGGAUUCCCUAGAUCGGGAAGUAACAUAAAUGUGUCUUCACCAGCUUCUUUCACCAAUGAAGCUACUGGUGUUACUCAUUCUGCCGGUGAAACAUUAAAGAGUGCACACAACAAAUCACAGACUGAUAUUACGAUUACGAGAGGCAAAAACUUGCAGAUGAAAUGUCAUCCUUCUCAGAAAACCGAUGCAGGUUUAGGUACCGGGUCCUCGGCUUCUGUUUCUAGUUUUGCGGCAAAGAAACAUAGACCUAAGAAGAGGCGCAUAGAUGAAACCGAGAUGGUAAAUCACUCGGCCAUGGGAAAUGAAAGGGUUAGCUUUUCUAGUUUUCAAAAGAGUGGUUUCGAUAGUACUGCCGGAAUGUAUAGAACUAAUAGCAUAAAGCAGCCUUCACAGCUGGGAAUUCGGAACAUUCUGAUGGAAUUGGCUAAGAAAGAAAUCAACAAGAAACUAAAUUCAUGGAAACCGGCUUCUCUAUCAGCUGCUUCAAAUAAACCAAAGGCUUUUGAUGAGGGGAUAAAUGAUAAGGAUGAAGGAAACGGAAAAGAUGCCCUAAGUAUGAACUCUGGUGCACACGAAUCCAUGAAGUUUGUUGGUAUCAAGUCUAGCAUUGAGCCUAAAAGGUCUUAUACUGAUGAUUCUCAUGUCAAUCCUGCUACAAAGGAACUUGAUCCAUUGUCCAUGAAUGUUCCCGCUCCUGAUUUUCACGACUUUGACCUGGAUCGUACUGAAAAAUCAUUUGGUGAUAACCAGUGGUCAAAAGGCCGGAAAGGAGCAAUUCGAAUAUAUCCAAGGAAGCGAGAUGUUUGGGCUCUCUAUAGCAACUGGUCCACUGAUUGGAUUGAGCUUACACCUGAUGAAGUGAUACACAGCUAUGACAUGGUUCAAGUGCUCGAAGAUUACAAUGAGCAAAACGGUGUUGCUGUUGCUCCGCUUGUUAAAUUCCCUGGGUUCAAGACAGUGUUUCGACAGCAUUACGAACAGAGUAAAACGUGGAUGAUUCCAAGAGAAGAGUUGUUUCGCUUUUCUCACCAGGUCCCUUCUUGUUUGCUCACAGGUCAAGAAGGUCUAAAUGCUCCUAAGGAUUGCUUGGAACUUGAUCCCGCAGCUAUACCAUUGGAUCUUCUACAGGUAUUAACUGAAGCUCAGGUGAAAGAGAUGGAGGUGAUCACCGAAACAGUUCAGGAAACGAAACCAAAUAUUCAGGUAGAAUAUGCCGGACAACCUGUUAUCAAAGAAGAGGUUAAGAAAGAAAAUGAAAAAAAGAAACCCCGAAUGCUUGUUUACGGUAGACGACAACAAAGAAAACGAGAAGCCUAGAAAAGAAUUUUGAUGAAUAGAAGGAUCUACAAAUUUUGUUCUCCGAUAGGAAAGAAUCCUUACAGUUAGAUAGAUGACAACGAAGAACAAACCGUCUAAUUCGGAUUGGUGUUGCGGUUUCCUAGAGUGAAAGAUCAAGAAUUCACAAUGUUCAUAGUUGUUUCUAUG